AUUUCAUCGCCCUGUCAUUUCUGCAACCAUGAAAAUGCUCAAAUCAUCACUUCUCAUCAUCUUCUUCAUAGCUUUCAGGAAUGGGGUUCUUUCUUCUCCUCCAGAUGACCCCGUCAAGUGUACUUCCACCGACACAAACUGCACCGUCACAAACUCCUACGGCAUCUUCCCCGAUCGGAGCACUUGCCGAGCAUCCCAAGUACUGUAUCCGACCACCGAGCGGGAGCUUAUUUCCAUGGUGGCUUCGGCAUCAAAGUCCAACACAAAAGUAAGAGCAGCCACCAGGUACUCCCACAGCGUCCCCAAGCUUGCUUGCCCCGGAGGCGAGAACGGGAUCAUAAUAAGCACCAACAAGCUCAACCAUGUAGUGAAUGUUGAUGUGGAGAACAGAAGGAUGACCGUAGAGAGUGGGGUGCUUCUGAGAGACCUGAUCCAUGAAGCGGCGGAGAGUGGGUUGGCUUUGCCGCAUACGCCGUACUGGUGGGGAAUAACGGUGGGGGGAUUGUUGGCAACGGGGGCUCACGGCAGCUCGCUGUGGGGAAAGGGAAGUGCCGUUCAUGAGUAUGUGGUGUCGAUGAGGAUUGUGACGCCAGCGACGGCGGAAGAAGGGUAUGCGAAGGUGAGGAGCCUGAGUGAGUCAGAUGAAGAACUUGAUGCGGCCAAGGUUUCGCUUGGAGUUCUUGGGAUUGUUUCUCAGGUGACCCUACAAUUAGAACCCAUGUUUAAACGAGCAAUUACGUACGUGACGAAGGAUGAUUCAGAUUUGGGAGAGGAAUUGAUUAGGUUUGGGAAAGAGCUCGAGUUUGGUGAUGUGACGUGGUAUCCAUCUCAGAAGAAGGUGCGUUACAGAGUUGAUGAUCGAGUUUCCAUGGAUCAGUCUGGAAAUGGUCUCUAUGAUUUCAUCCCAUUUCGUUCCACUCUCUCUGCUGUAUUAGCUGCCAACAGAGCCACAGAGGAGCUUCAGGAAGCAACACGGGACGCUAAUGGGAAAUGCAUCAGUGCACAGUUGGUCACUGGGACGCUGAAGACAUCUGCUUAUGGUUUGACUAACAACGGUAUACUUUUUACUGGGUACCCCGUGAUUGGACAGAACAAUCGCAUGCAGUCAUCGGGGACGUGCCUGGAAAGUAACGACGACGCAUUGCUCACCAUAUGCCCUUGGGAUUCUAGGCUCCAACUUCAGUUCAUUCACCAGACAGCCUUCAGCAUCUCCUUAUCUAACAUUACAAGCUUCAUCGAAGAUGUGAAGAAGCUAGUUGGAUUGCAGCCACAAGCACUGUGUGUAUUAGAGCUGAACGAUGGCAUCCUCAUGCGUUACGUCAAAGCUUCAAGUGCUUACUUGGGAAAAACAGAAGAUGUUGUGGAUUUCGAUAUCACCUACUACAGAAGCAAAGACCCAUUGACUCCUAGGCUGUUCGAGGACAUUGUUGAGGAGAUUGAACAGAUAGGGCUGCUCAAGUAUGGAGGGUUACCUCACUGGGGAAAGAACAGGAAUUUAGCAUUCAGUCAAGUGAUCAAUAAGUAUCCAAAUGCAGAUAAGUUUUUAAGUGUGAAAAGUAAGUAUGACCCACAAGGAAUUUUCUCUAAUGAGUGGACCGAUCAGGUUCUAGGGUUAAAAGGAGCUGUGACGAUACUAAAAGAUGGGUGUGCUCUUGAAGGUUUGUGUAUUUGCUCAGAAGAUCGUCACUGCUCACCUAGCAAGAAGUAUUUCUGUAGGCCUGGGAAGGUUUAUAAAGAAGCUAGGGUUUGUGCUUUCGAAAGCUAAGACGGAUAUUUGAAGGAAAAGCUUCAAUAAAGGGAUGCUUCGAGUUCAAAUCAUAUAUAUAAGACUCCUUUACAGUGAUGUUUCAAAUUUGAGAUGGUGCUGCCCUGUUGCAGAUCAAACACAAUUCAUUUCUGUUGUGUGAUUUUAAUUUAAUAGAAGUAUGUGUGAUAUCCUGGGUAAUUUGUAGUGUAACAAAUUUAAGAAUAAUUAAUCAUGCUUA